UCUUGACUACUUUUGUAGGCAAGGACCUUUGUGAACUUUAAGAACUGAUGUGUGGUGUUUUCCCUUCUUUCCUCAUUCGGUAGCUGGCACCUUUUAUGUGUUGGUCAAUGACGAAAUUUUGCAUUAGAGAAGCAUGUUUUUUCUUCUUGCCUACAUACACUAAGAGCUGAAAGUUGAAACAUUGUCCAAACUAAACAAAACCACCAACCCUCAUCUUCUUCUAUCCAGGAUUUGGUAACGGUGUGAUUCGACUAAGAUUAAGAUUUGAACUGAGAAAUAUAUAUAGCUGCUUGCACUUGUCUGUGUUGCUGUAAAUAUAUAACCAUUUAGAGUUUACUUCCUCUGUUAUUAUUACUAGCAUGUUAACGUUAAAGUGUUUUUACUUCAAACAUUGCAAAUAUCAUGGCGGUUAAACUUCAAAAAUCACAAAUAUCACGGCAUUUAUUAUUGUUUGUGGCUUUUAUAUCGUGACCAGGACACACUGGCACAUCCUUUACAUGUCCAGGGCACAUAAACCUGUGGAUGCAAUAUUUUGUGACAUUCCCAAGCUCAUGCCAUUUAUUGAGUUGGAGGAUGUGGGCCGAUUCAAUUACUUCUAUGAUUUUGUCUUCUUCAUCUGUCGUGAAAAUGGGCAAAAGAAUAUCAGCAUUCAAAGAGCUGUGGCAGCAUGGAGGAUUGUGCUAAAUGGAAGGUUUCGGUUGCUUGAUCGGUGGUGUAACUUUGUUGAGAAGUACCAACGUCACAACAUAUCUGAGGAUACCUGGCAGCAGCUGCUAGCUUUCAGUAGGUGUGUAAAUGAAGAUCUCGAAGGUUAUGAUCCAAGAGGUGCUUGGCCUGUUCUGAUUGAUGAUUUUGUGGAGGAUAUGCACAGAGUCUAUCACUCCAGUGACUGCAGCAAGGCGAUUGAAUCACAAUGUAGCAUUUCCAAUACGCUUGGAGGACUGAAUCUAUUACCUGGAUCAAAAAGGAAAUGUCCUACUCAAUUUAACUCAAGUACGGAGGAUGUAGAGCUUUCAGAUAGUUUUACACGCUCUGUCCAUCUUACUCCGUUGAAGCGACUAAAGGAAAGUUCUGGAACUAGAUAUGGAGUUUGGGAAUCCCACAAAGGUACCCCUUUCGCUAAUAGUUCGUCAGAUUGCCAUGAGGACACAAAUUUAAACAACUCAAGAGGUUGUCUUCAGAACUCGCCUUGUAUUGUUGAGGAUACCUUGUCGAAAGGGUUUGAAGGUUGCAUUUCAAUGAAGUGCUCCUUUUAAUAUAAUCAGGAAUGCAUAGGUUAGUGAAUUUAUGGCAGUCCAUAAAACUCCAUACGUUUCCAUUUAGCUCCACCACCAUUCUGUAUGUGUAUUUAAUCAAUUUUCCCAGUGGUGAAAUUAAUUGUGUUGUACGUGAAUGAUACUGUUAUCUAUUGUCAGAUGUAUAUGAAACUGUCAUCUGUCUUUAUUGAAGGUAUUUCGUUUUUUCCCAUUAAA